AUGCCGGAAAAGCAAAGUAGUGCUGAUAACGGAUCCGUGAGAGGCCACGACUACAAUGAUGAAGUGGCAGACUCGACUAUGGAAUUCAUCGAAGAAAUACAAGAUAAGGCAAACAAUGAAAGUGGAGCUCAACCAAAAAGCCACCUCGAAGCCGAUGUGAUGGCCAAUCUUAAUGAAAAAACUGUGGAGGCUGACGUAGGGGAUACUGAUGACGAAGAUACCAUGAAAACUGAAGAUACGGAAGAAGCCGAGGAUGAAAAUGAGGAACCUCCCAUUUUGAAAUAUAAACGACUCACACAACUACCUCCGAGAUUUUUCCACAAAGAUCCUGUGAGCACCUGUUUCAUACACCAGAAGCUCUUUAUCUUUGCUACACAUUCUGGAAUUGUACUUAUAUGCAAGCCUGAUUUCACACCAAUCAAAAUAUUCAAGGCACACACAGCAUCAAUUCUUUCAGCCGAUUAUGAUGGUGAGUAUUUUGCAACUUGCUCAAUGGAUGGAACGGUCAUUGUUGGCUUAGUGCAUGAUGAACAAGCGUCAGGCCUGGUCAUCAAUGAUUCUGAAAUGGUGAAAUAUAAUUUUAAGCGUCCAAUUCAUGCAGUAGCUUUGAGCAAGCCGUACUCUAAAACCAAAUCAUUUUUUUGCGGCGGUACAAGUGGAGAUCUUUUGCACUGUACAAAGAAUUGGUUGGGCCAAAGAGUGGAUACGGUGAUUGAUAAAGAUGGAGAAUGUGUCACAAUGAUAAAGUCCGAAAAUGAUCUACUAGUUUGGUGUAAUAGCAAGGGAAUCACCGUGGGACAGAUGAGUACGAGGAAUGAGUUAUUACAUAUUAAGGUUCCAAUUGGAAUGAGCCGACCAGAAUUGUACUGGCCAAAAAUUCAAUUUGUUGACACGGAUAGAAUAUUGAUUGGUUGGGUGGACCAUGCGUGGUACCUCAAAAUUUUUAAUGAAAGCACCAAGAAGAAUGACAGAGGUGAAGAAGUAAAUAAUGGGUUUCACAGUAGCGGUCAAAGUACCAGCAAUGUGUUGAGUACCGCUGCUUCGAGUUUCAAGUUACAUUAUGAUGAAAAGCGAGUAGAAAUAAUAUACCAUGAAAAGCUAUCGGAUUGUUUGAUUGCUGGAAUAUCCGAAUUCAACAACGACUUGAUGGUCUUGAACUAUCUACCGAAGAUAGGGAAGAACCAAUAUUUUCCACCCGAACUGAAAAUUUUAGAUGGUGUUACAUUUGAUGAGUUGAGUGUCGACGAGUUAGUGCUAAAGCGCUAUCAAGGGUUAGGAAUGAAUGACUAUCAGCUACAACAGUAUAGCGUUGAGGGAACUGAGGAUUCAAAGACCGAGAUGAAAUGGUUUUUGGUUUGUGCAAAUGACGCCAUAAUUAUUGAAGAAUUUAGUUUACAUGACAAACUCACCUGGUAUCUUUCCAAAAAACGAUAUUUUGAUGCAUGGGUGUUGAGCGGUUUAUGGUUGGAUCGAUUGGAAAAGCUAAAGAUUGGGAAGAAACAACUAGAGGUUUACUUCAAGGAGAAGAAAUGGGAUUCUGCAUCCGAAUUCACUCAAAAGGUUUUGAAUAUCGAUGGAGGUGAAGAGUUUGAAAAUGAUCAAGAAAAGAUGUCAUACAUCGAUACUGUAGUUGAAGAAUGGAACAAUAUUCUACAGGUAUUCAAAGAAGAAGGAAUUCUCAGCAAGUAUCCAGACAUGUUACCUGUACAUAAAUUUGAAAGUGAAAAGCAAAUAUCUGAAGAGUAUUACGAGGUGCUCUUACAUAGUUUUUUGAAAAACAAAGAGUAUGAGAAGUUGAUUCAUUAUUUGGAACAAUGGGAUCAUAGAUUAUUUGAUCUACAAGACAUACAAUUGCACAUCAAUGAAGUGCUUCUUGACCACGGUGAUAAAGACGAUGACGAAAUUCGGGGGUUGAGAAAAAUAUACAUAGCCAAUAGUUUAGAGCUAGACGAACCUGAGCUUUGUGUGAAGCAGCUGAUUAUUUUGAAAGAUACGACUUUGAUGGAAUUUUUGGAUGAAUACCAUCUCAUUGGAAAGUAUAUUGAGAUGUUACCGCAGAUUAUACUAAUUGGAGUUGAUGAAACAUUAUUGACAAGCAAUGAAUUGGACAAACUUACACAGGAAACCCCAUUAUUCACCAAUGUUCAGAUACUAGUUGAAAACAGCCAUGAAAUUGUCCCUCGAGAUAUUAUAGGAGUCUUUGAAAAAAAAGAUCUUGAGAUUGUGAACUAUAUCUACUUGAAGGAGUUGGGAAAGAUGGACAAGCUUCUGAUCAAGGACUUUGAGGACGAGAUGAUCCGCAUGUAUGCAAAGUUCAAUAAGGGAGAGUUGAAAGGUUUUUUGAAAGAUCACAAAAAGUAUUCCAUUGACGAUGCCAUCAAAGUGUGCGAGGAGUACGAGUGUAAUGAGGAGCUUGUAUACUUGCUGAGCAAGAUUGGAGAGAACCGGAAGGCGUUGACUUUGAUUAUCGAUAAGAUGGAGGACCCGUCAAAGGCGAUAACAUUUGUGCAGUCUGUCAACGAAAAGGAACUAUGGGACUAUUUACUUGACUAUUCGAUGAGCCGGAGUAAGUUUGUGAAGGAGCUGUUGUUGAGUGUGGGCAUGUUGGUUGACCCGAUCCCGGUUGUAAGUCGGAUUCCGCUUGGUGUUGAGAUUCCAGACUUGCAAAAGGCGAUUGUGAAUAUCACCAAAAACGUGAGUCUCGACCGGGAGAUCUACGAGAUCAUCUUAGGGAUUAUUUCCGGAGAGUACAUGGAGAAGAGUUUACACUUGAGAGGAAUACGAACCCGAGGAAGUAUGAUGAGCGAAGUGGAGGUGGCAAUGAUGCGGAAGGACAUUGACAGCUGUUACGUGAAGAUCAGCAAGGAAGUUGGAGGCCUUGUGAAAGAGGAGGAUGUGAUUGGCGAGCGGUGGAGAGGGGACCGGGGGAACAAGGUCGCACACAAGUCGUACCUGAAGUUCAAGAUUGGCGGGUUGUAG